UCUACUGAGAUUCUAUUGAUUGUUGAAAAUAAUGAAUUGUCUUUGAAAUGGCUUUUUCACUCAUUUUUUUCAUUUAAGAAAGAGUCAAUCAAUCAAAUCGACGAUGCAAUCAAUGAAAAAACAUAUAUUUUUAAUCAAUAAAAUGACAAAGAAAAAGAAACGAAAAGAUAAUGAUAAUGAUGGUGAUGGUAAUGAUGAUGAUAAUGAUAAUCAAUUAAAAAUGAAAAUCUGUGGUAUCUGUUUGGAUGAACUACAAAUCGAUCAAAUGUAUUCAAUGAUAUUAUGUUCAUGUACAUUCUGUAAACAGUGUUUAGAUGGUUAUUUUCGUUUCAUGAUCGAUAAUGGCCAUCAACAAAUCUUCUGUCCAUCAUAUAAAUGUUUAUCAAAACAAUCGAUAUCGAUUGAUGAAAUUAAAAUCAUUAUCACUAAUGAACAAUAUCGAGAAAAAAUUCAUACAUUAUUUACUAAAAAUCAAAAUAUUGAUUCAAAAUUAAAUAAUGAUGAACAGGAAAAUCAACAACAAUUACAAUGUCCAUUUUGUCAACAUCUAAUCGAUAAUGAUAAAGAUAAUGAUGAUGAUAAUAUGAAAUCUCAUUUGUUUCAAAGGAAAAUUAAGAAGGAAAAUAAUAUUGAUAAAAAUAAUAAUGAAAUUGAUAAUGAAAUUGUUGUUGUUGAGCAGCAAAAAUCUAUUCGAAUUGUCAAAUGUCCAAGCUGUUCAAAAAUAUAUUGCUCUUCCUGUUCAUCAAAACUAUCGGAUGAAAAUAGUCAACAUGAUUGUCGUGAAUUAAAUAAUUCAAUAUUAAAUGAAUUCGAUAUAAAAAGAUGUCCAAAUUGUCAUUAUUUAAUACAACGUGAAGGUGGUUGUGCACAGAUUUCCUGCCGUAAUUGUUGCCAUGUUUUUUGUUGGCAUUGUCAACAAUCAUUGGAUAAUGAUUUUCUCCUAUUUCAUUAUGAUUCUGGACCAUGUAAAAAUAAACUUGGCCAUUCACGUUUAUCAAUAUUUUUAAAUCGUACACAAACAAUUAGUAUUUGUAUCGGUAUCAGUAUUUUAAUGUUAUUAGCAUCACCGGUUAUUUUGGCAUUAUUACCAUGUGUAUUGACAAAAAAAUGUCAUCUUUAUAAUUGUUGUUGUUGUUGUUUUCAUCGUCAUCAUCAUCAUAAUCGAAGUCAUCGUCGUCGUCAUCGACAUAAUCGAAAUUAUCAAUCACAAAUGCAAACGCAACAAAAUAGUGAAAAAUCAUCAUCAUUAUCAUCAUCAUCAUCGAUAUCAUCUUCAUCAUGACGAUGAUGAAUAUCGUUGUUAUUUCGUCGGAAAAAAAAUAUAUUUUAAAAUUUUUUUUUUUGUUAUAUCAAUUUAGAAAAAAAAAUGUUUUUUUUAAUUACUCAAUGAUUAUUAUUUAAUAAUACAAACUACACAAAAACGGCAAUAAUAAUUGGGAUUUGUUGGAAACAAAAAU